CGGAGCAGCUGGGCAGGGCGGGGUCAAGGCUAGAGGAGGUUGCGGUUCAAGUUGCGUGCUGCUUUGCGUCCUCUGGCGUAUCCCGGAUGUGAAAAGGUUCGGAGCAGCGGGGUCAUUUCCUUGUUGUGGCUUCCAAAAACGGAUUUCUUUGAAUCAAGACAAAAUGAAUGGAUCAUCACUGCUGCUGCGAUUUCCACUCUGUUUUCUUCAGAGAAGGUUUCCUAAUAAUCUUGACGGUUUCUGCUGGAGGUCCAGCUCUGGAUCUGCUUUUUCAUGUGGCCAACAGCUGAAUUCAUUACAACAGUGUUGUUCAAGGAGGAUGAUAUCUUCAAAGGGCUUGAACACUGGCCUCUGUUAUCCAGCAGUGUUGGAACAUCAGACACGAGAGCUCUCUGACCAGGAACAGAGACUUCUAGACAAAUUGUACAAUGGAUUAAUUCAAGGACACAGGGCCUGCCUGGCAGAAGCCAUUACUCUCGUAGAAUCCACACACAGCAGGAAGAAGGAGAUUGCACAGGUGCUCCUUCAGAAGGUACUAUCCUACCACAGAGAACAAGAGCAGUUAAAUAAAGGAAAGCCACUAGCCUUUAGAGUGGGAUUGUCUGGACCUCCUGGUGCUGGGAAAUCAACGUUUAUUGAAUGCUUUGGGAAAAUGCUCACUGAAAGAGGACACAAAGUGUCUGUCUUGGCAGUGGACCCAUCCUCUAGCACUAGUGGUGGCUCACUCUUGGGUGAUAAGACACGAAUGACCGAGUUGUCGAGAGAUAUGAAUGCUUACAUCAGGCCCUCUCCAACCAGAGGAACGCUAGGAGGUGUAACGCGGACCACAAAUGAAGCCAUUCUGCUGUGUGAAGGAGGAGGCUAUGACAUUGUUCUUGUAGAAACAGUAGGUGUGGGUCAGUCAGAGUUUGCUGUUGCUGAUAUGGUUGAUAUGUUUGUAUUGCUACUGCCACCAGCAGGAGGUGACGAGCUGCAGGGUAUCAAGCGAGGUAUAAUUGAGAUGGCCGAUCUUGUUGCUGUAACCAAAGCUGACGGAGAUCUAGUUGUACCGGCACGGAGAAUUCAAGCAGAAUACGUCAGUGCUCUGAAAUUACUCCGCAAGCGCUCAAAGGUUUGGAGGCCAAAGGUAAUACGAAUCUCUGCCAAAACUGGAGAAGGCAUCUCUGACAUAUGGGAUAAGAUGACAGAAUUCCGAGACCUCAUGCUUACAAGCAGCGAGUUGAUGGCCAAACGAAGGAGACAGCAAAAAGUGUGGAUGUGGAAUGUAAUCCAAGAAAGCAUGCUGGAUCAUUUCCGGAGUCACUUGGCAGUGAGAGAUCAGAUUCCACUUCUGGAAGAAAAGGUUGUCAGUGGAAUUCUCUCUCCAGGGCUGGCUGCAGACCUAUUGCUCAAAGCUUUUAAAGAAAGAUCUUAACAUUCAUCUUUGUCCAUCACCUGAUUUCCCCCAAUUACCUGUACAUUACAGUUUCCUAAGGCAUAAAUUGUUCUACUUCAGUGAAUCUGCACACUUUACCUGGUAACAAAAAUGUUCUGUAAAUGGAAGUCGAUCCUUUUUAUUUACAGCAUGUUUAAAGGUAUGCAGUUGUAAUGAUACACAAGUGCUUUACUGUCAGUUCAAAUUUCUUUCUAAUCUGCAGGGGAUGCUAGAGAGGAUAUCAGCAGUGAGCACAGUCAUGUCUUAAUAUUUGCCUCAGUUAUCAGCACUUGCCCAAUCAUCUUCAUUGGUGGAAACUUCCAACUGUUUGAACUUUAUUGAUUACAAUGUACCAUUAAAAGGGUAAGAGUGAAUUAGACAUUG